AUGGUAUCUCACAUUAUUGUCCCCAUCAUAGGGGAUGGAGCCUGCCUGUUCCGAGCCCUCUCCUAUCUCAUGUAUAACACACAGUUAAUGGCGAGGGAAGUGCGUGAGAUAAUCGUGAGUCAUGUGGUGGAUAACUGGGAGGAAUUUUCAAUUAUGUCCCACGACAGCUUGGGGAACAAUUACAAUAGCUUCAACGAGUAUUUUGAUGAAAUGUCGAAACCCUUUACUUAUGGUGGUUUAUGCGAGUUGGUGGCGGCUGGGCAACUGUUUGGGUUUGUUUUUGAGGUUUACCGAAAUGGUGAGCUCUAUGAGAGUUUUGGUGCGGAAGGUCACCCUGUUAGAAGGCUACGUUUUACACAGGACAUUUCUAAGGGACAUUUUGAUGCGUAUGAGCAAUGUGAACCUGAGGAAGUGAUCAACACAUCGUCCUUCUCUCAGCUUGAUUCCACCUCACACCUCUCACAGGCAACACUUUUUUCUGUUCCUAAUAAGGCUCAUGGAAAACGUCGGACUAGAUACACCAAUGCGAAAAGGAGGAAGCAACUUAAAGAUGCGUCAAGAAAAUAUGCACAGAAUAACCCUGAGGUCCACAGAGCAGCGGUGGCUAGGUAUCAAAAAAAUAACCCAGAGGUGAACAGAGCAGCGGUGGCUAGGUACCAAAAAAAUAACCCCAAAGUGAACAGAGCAGCAGUGGCUAGGUACCAACAAAAUAACCCCGAGAUGCACAGAGCAGCGGUGGCUAGGUACCAACAAAAUAACCUCGAGAUGCACAGAGCAGCGGUGGCUAGGUACCAACAAAAUAACCCUGAGAUGCAUAGAGUGGCAGAGUCUCGGUAUGAACAAAGUAAUCCUGGAAGAAGAAUAGAAAGGCGAGUACUUCCGUGGAUGGUCAAAGCCUACUCAGGCAUGGCAUAUGAUCCUGAUGUGGCUUAUGAGGCAGACAGCACUAUAGCUUUGGGAACCAUGAGCCACAAGUGUCAGUACUGUAAUGCUUUCAAGUGGAAGGAGGAGACCCUCGGCAUGUGCUGCAAUGCUGGAAGGGUGCAGCUUUCACCCUUCGAACCUCUGCCUGAGCCUCUAUACAGUUUGGUAAUGGGCAGCCACCCAGAGCAUGUCCACUUUAUGAACUAUAUUAGAAAGUACAAUGGCUGCUUCAGUAUGACAUCAUUCGGGGGCAAGCAGGUUCUACAAGACGGCUUCAUACCGACCUUUAAAGUUCAGGGGCAGGUAUAUCACUUGGUAAGAAGUCUGCUGCCAGUACCUGAACAGGAAGCUCGAUUUUUACAAAUUUAUUUUGUGGGCGAGGAUGAAAGGGAAGUGAGAUUAAGAUGUAUUAGCAACUUUUCAGAUGUCAAACAGGGAUUAGUCAAAGAACUGCAGAGAAUGUUACAUGAUGUCAACAGCUACAUAAAAGAUCUGAAGACCACUUUAGAUAAGGUAUCUCCAACUUGCAAAAAGUUUGAAGUUGUCAUCUAUGCAGAUAGAAAACCUGCUGACGCUCACAGAGGUCGCUUCAACGCACCGAUAGCAAAUGAGGUAGCUCUGGUGAUUGUUGGUCAGCAAUUUGAUCAGCGAGACAUCGUGCUGCAGAGCCACGAUAACAAACUGCGGCGCAUUAGCAAGAUUCACCGGUCAUACGACGCCUUGCAGUACCCGCUCCUGUUUUGCCGUGGCGAGGAUGGAUACUCGAUUACCAUUCCACAGCGCGACCCUCAGACUAAGUUGCUACUUAAGAAUUUAGUUUCCGCAGCGAGCUUCUACUCAUAUCGAAUUAUGAUUAGGGAAGGGGAAGUCAACCACUUGGUGUACUUUCGUUCUCUUUUUAGUCAAUUCCUGGUUGACAUGUACGUCAAAAUAGAGACAGAAAGGUUGAACUACAUUAGGAACAACCAGGCGCAGCUGAGGGCAGACAGCUACAUUCACCUGAGGGACGCCGUGGGAAGGCAGGAUGCUGACGUUGCUCAGCUGGGUCAAAUGGUGGUGCUUCCGUCAUCUUUCACUGGAAGACCUCGCUACAUGCAUGAGCGGACUCAAGACGCUAUGACAUACGUCCGUUAUCAUGGCCGUCCUGAUCUGUUCAUCACCUUUACCUGUAACCCAAAGUGGAAUGAUAUAACAGAUGCAUUAUUGCUUGGGCAAAAGUCUUACGAUUGUCACGACAUUAUAGCUAGGGUAUUUCAUCUUAAGGUGAAGAUGAUGGCACUUUUGAAUAAGGGUAGUCUGUUUGGAAAAGUGUGGUGCUUUAUGUACUCUGUGGAGUGGCAAAAGCGAGGUCUGCCUUACAUCCACAUAUUGCUGUGGCUAGAGCAGCGCAUCUUUUCAGACAUGAUCGACAAAAUCAUCUGUGCGGAAAUACCUGAUCCUUUAAAAGACUCUCUUCUCCACAAUAUCGUUAAGGCCAACAUGAUUCAUGGUCCAUGCGGAGGCUUAAAUCACAAUUCGCUUUGCAUGAAAGAAGGCAGGUGCAGCAAGAGUUCUGUUAAGUCUAUCAAGUACAUUUGCAAAUACGUGAACAAGGGAAGUGAUCAGGCGGUUUUUGCUUUGGAGAGUGAGAAGGAUGAGGUGAAGUUGUACGAGAGUGGGCAAUACAUCAGCAGCUCAGAGGCAAUUUGGAGAAUUUUAGCGUUCCCUAUUUAUGAGAGGUAUCCCAUUGUCUUUCAUCUCGCUGUUCACCUUGAAAAUGAUUUAAAGACUGCGAAUGGUGUCUUCUGUCACACAUUCCAGUCCACAUGCAAGGCAUUAGGUUUGCUGGAAGAUGACAAGCAAUAG